GACGAUCAGGCGCGUCUACGUCUGAAGAGGAAACUGCAGAGGAACCGCACGAGCUUCAGCAACGAGCAGAUCGACGCGCUCGAGAAGGAGUUCGAGAGGACGCAUUACCCGGAUGUGUUCGCCAGGGAGAGACUCGCCGGCAAGAUCGGCCUACCGGAGGCGCGAAUACAGGUCUGGUUUUCGAAUCGGCGGGCAAAGUGGCGGCGCGAGGAGAAAUUGCGUACGCAACGGAGGGACAAUCCGCAGCAGCAGCAGCAGCAACAACAGCAGCAGCAACAGCAACACGGUGCCGGCGUGAGUCUGGUGGGUGCUGGUCAUCCGACGCCGCCGCCACCCUCGGGGAUACUUGGAGGCCAGCCUCCGCCGCAAGCACCACCCUCGCCGCCUAGAAUACACCACGGAUUUGCCCCCACCGCCGUGUACCCCGGAAUACCCAGUAUGCCCGACUCGUACAGCCCGAUGACGUCGAUGCCGAGCUUCACGAUGUCGGGGGCCAGUCAGCAGAAUCAACACACGACGAGCAGCAUGUCCUCGCUGUCCGCCGGAGGUGGCAUGAGCCCGAUGGGCAUGACCGUGGGCAUGACCGUUGGCCCGAGUCCCGGCGCGUGUCUCCAGCAACGGGACAACGGCUAUUCGUGCGGGGUCGCGAGACCGCCUAGUUACGAGCCGCUACAUCUAGGCUACGGCGCCAGGCCGACUUGCAGCCCGACGCAACCCUACCACGCGGCGAGCCUCAAUCAGUACAAUCAGAACGCCAGCUCGACCGGUCUGAUAUCACCUGGCGUGAGUGUACCAAUCGCGGUACCAGGUCAACCAGCACCCGAUAUGGCGGCGCAAUAUUGGUCACCGAGGUUACAGUGACCGUGGUGGUCGUCGACGUCGACCUCAUCUCCGUAGACUUGAGCUUCUUUGUCUCCCUAGUUUACGAUCCGUAUUGUGUACAAGAUUGCUAGGAAACACCGAGAGAAACGACACACGGUUGCGCCAGUCUCCGGAAACCCGCAUCUUACGAUUGAUUCGCGUGCGAUUGAUUCCGUAGAUAAAUCGAGAUGGACUAUUCCUAUACGUUUUGUUCCAAACCAAAGCUCUGCGUGGAAACGAGUUCAAUUUAUUCGUAUUUCGCAUUCGCUACUUUUGUUUCUGCGACAAGUGCAUCAGAAACUUUUCAUAAAAACAAAGAAAAACUAUUAUUGUUUGCGAAUUCGCUAAUACGUAUUGGUAAAAUUGUCCGAAGAUUUCAGAAAUUCGUUCCCAUUACUGGUGAAAACAAAAUUUUUAACUGAAUGACUCUAUCGAAUCUGUUUAAUAAAUUGACGAUCCGUGUAGUAAUUGCAAUACACAUAUGUGACAUACCGAAUUGGGUUACAGGAGGAUUAAUCAAUUUCUGUGUAUAAUCGUGAAUCUUAUCGUUAAAUUAAAUUCCCAUAUCCUGUAUUAAAAAUUAGUAUUUAUACUUACGAUUGACACCUUUCCGAUCAUAUGCCAUUAUUAUUCAUAGGCAAAUAACCAAUGCUGCUUUUUUACUAACAGUAUUGGUAUUUUAAUAUGCAACAUUCCUUCUUUCUUUCGACGCGACAUCAAGCUUCAAUAUUUCAUAGAAACACAAUCUUUGUUAAACAUAUUGAUAUGUCCAUCAAGCGACAGCCGGUGAUAUGAUGUAUUAAAAUGUUGAAAAUGUUGAUGAUCGGCAAGGUGUUACAUGGAAAAUUUUCCAAAAUAUCAUCUACAUAUGUACACUUUUAUAAUUACAAGCUCCUUUUUAUUCACACAAUUAUAUUUCAGGCUAAUAUCUUUGAAAAGGAACCGAGCAAAGUAAGACGUGAUAAGAAAGAAAUAUGUACUGUCGGCAAUGUGCAACUCAUGUAAAAAUAAUUAGCGUGAAAAUCGAAGAGAAAAAAAAGGAAUUCGAGGAUUCUCGCGAAAUUUUUAUUCGCAACGUUUCGUAGAUGUAAUUUCUAUAGGCACAAGAGAAAAGGAAAUAAAAUAGUUUCUAAGUCGGUAUUAUGUUAUUAUUUAUACUCAUGUAAUGCGAGCGGAGCAAGAAGAUAAUAAACGUGAGUUUGUUGUGUGUACAUCGUAAAAAUAUCGACGGUCAUUUAUAUAUAAAAAUAUAUAUAGUUGACUUUAAUUCUCUAAGUAACUUGAUAAAAUCAAUUCGUAAUUUAUAUUCGGUGCAAGGUCGCGAAAAAAAAGAAGGACCGAAAAUGCCGAUUGUGAUUUCCCUUAGGCCAGGUAUGUUAAGCGUACGAUUAUGCAUUCUAAAUAAAUAGUGUGUGCAUUUAAUCGAGAGUUAACUCAAUGCUUGUUUUCUAAUUGGAGAAUUCAUUUGUGAGAGAUCCUAGCGUGUACGUUCCCUCUCUCGCAUCAGACAGCAAAUUGACAUAAAUAUUAACACAAAGAGCUAAACCAGCUAAGCGUCUAAUCCUAGAUGCCGAUCGUGUGAAAGAAUACAUAACGAUCAUACGGUUCCCUAUUAGAAAUCAAGCGCAACUCCUUCCCGAACGUGUUCGUUUCGAUCCGAUAACUUGUAUUUGCACUUACCUCGACACUGUUUCGUUGAAUUUCCUCAAGUAUUUCUCGAUAACCGCAAAAAUGUCAACGAUCCCUCCUGCAUUAUCGUCCAAGUUGAAACAAACGAAUCGCUUAAAAAGAAUAUGAAGGAAAGCGAGAUGCAAACAGACCAUCGUUUUACUUGCAAAUGUAACAAUUGUAUAUCUAUUUCGACAUAAUAAUUAAUUUACAUUCGAAGACAUAUUGUAUUCUCUAAAUCCUCACUAGAAAUCAUCUAUUGCGAUACGUCAGCGCGGUUUACCCUGAAUUACUUCUGCGGAUGAGAAAAUAAAAUUUAACUCAAAUCAACAUCACUAGAUGACAA